CGCGUCUCGCCCAAUUUUCCGCAAUUAAAUUCCACCAGCAAAGCUAUCAACAAAUAUGCUGUCAGGCCACAAACCUUCUAUAUUGUACUUUUAGAAAAGUAAUAUUUGUUAAAGUGAGCGUGUGAGUGCUGGGAUUCGAAUCUACGGAAGUCCUUUUCGUUUGUGCUGUGCUGUUGUUGUUUUGUUGCUUUGGCUACUGCUGUCGCCCUGUAUACGCCCUUGCGUAUAACAAUGGACAUGGAAUACGCCAACAUCAAUGAAUUUAAUGACCGCGACCUAGCGACACGCAUGCGCAACAGCAAUUAUGAAAAAUACAAGUCUCUGGUGCGCAUGCACCUCUCCUUCGAGCUGGAACUAAACACCGACGAGUUCGACAUGCCGUACCAUGAAAUCGUCUACGAAGAUAAGGGCAAGAUAAAGAAGUGGAAUCGCCUCUCCAAGAAGAAUCGCGGACCUGCCACAGGCUGCACGGCUGGGGCAGGCAGUAAGUCGGCGGGCAACAGUCCCACUGAAACGCUGCAGCAACAAAUUGAUGCAGGCUUUCUGAUGCACCUGGAGGAGCUCAAAGAGUUUCUUAUGCUGGAGAAGAAUCUCACCCAGGAGGGACUAUUUCGCAAGACAGGAGCCGUUUCCAGGCAGAACGAGCUACGAAUGCACAUACAGCACGACCAGCCCUUGGAUUUGGAACUGACAGGAUUCUCGGCUCACGACUGUGCCACUGUUUUUAAGAGCUUUCUGGCCGAGCUGCCAGAGCCUUUGCUUACAGACGACCACUAUCCAGCACAUCUUCAGAUAGCGCCGCUUAGCCAGGCAUUAAUGGGGGGGUCAGGUGGCGGCUACCGCAGAGCGCCAACAACAUCUUCUCAACUCGGUGCAGCUGCUUCUUCUCCUGCUCCCCGAAGAGCAUCGCGAGUUACUGCAGCACAUUAUUAAAAUGCUCCAUUCGGUGGCAGCGCGUGAGGAGAGCAACAAGAUGUCCGCGGAGAAUUUGGCCAUCUUGUUUACACCGCACCUG